GCUAACAAAAGAAAUUUUGUCAACAAUAAACUGCGGCUUUUUCCGGUCGUCAUUCUCAAAAUCAGCCUCAUAAGCUAGCAAUGUCCUGCAUCGUUCCGACCUGCAACGUUGCGUCCGGUUACUUCAGACGAUUUCCCCGUAAAAGUGUUCUAUCGGAGCGAUGGCUCGAUUCUAUCCAGAAGGGUUGCGGCAUGGAAGUGAACCUGCUGGACGACGGCAGCAACGAGAGCCAAAUUUGCGUGUGGCAUUUCGAAACAACCGGCGAUGAUAACCCGUUGAUGGAACCGAGAAAGUACAUUGAUCGAUAUGGCCAUCAGGUGGAAAUCGAUAGCUGCCGGUUGUGCCUUGAGCUCUUCCCCACCAACCAAAUGGUGGACGCUGAUGGGAAGCUGGGUGGCGCGAGAAUCAAAUCAUUGAUUUCCGAAUCGGUGGAAACAGAUUUCCAAUGGAAUGCGGUUUCCACCAUGAUCUGCACCGGUUGUCUUGUGCGGUUGGAUCUGCUGACGGCGAUUAAGAACGAUUUCCUGAGUGCAGCUCUCAAGCUGCACCACCUGAUGGAUCUUGUGCAGCAGGAACCCGUUCAGAAAGUUGAGGUGGACAUGGAAAUCGAAGAGGAUUGUUACCUUGAAGAGACGACCCAUGAUGAAAUGUCCCUCGUUCUUGCAAACGUACAGGAAUGUUUCGUAGCUGAACUUGAUCUAAAACAGAUUUUACAAAGUGAGGAGGAGUAUUAUCACGAGGAGGAAACGAGCGUUGAUGAACUGAUGAGCGAUAGUGACGAACGGAAUCCUCCUGUUGACUGCGAGCCGAAAAUUCCAAAGAAGAUGGGAAGGCCACCCAAGUAAGAUAUUACCUACUCAUUCAUAUUACAAAUCCAAUUGACUAUGAUCGUCUCAGGACUGGUAGCGACUGGGGGUCUUAUAAAUAGGAACUUUAGAGAUCUCAUGCCUGAAAAAAAAGAGACCGAACAUGAACCAAGAAAACGAAAAGAAACCUCAGAGAAUCCAAACGUACGUUUCUUUUAGAGUAUUUUUAAGUGCUUUUUUUAAAAUUCUUAGUA